CGUUCAAAUUUAGAGACUCCUUUCAUUUGAAAAAUCCAUCGAAAGUGCAAUUUGGCAGCGGCCGUGGGUUUUUUUUUCACUGUGCCGAGAAACUGUGCGGGGAGUUCCUCUGCUUGGCUUGGCCGAGCAGCUCCAGGACUCCUCCUGCUCUGCACUGCCAGAGGUGUUGGCGUGGGUUUCUGGGGGAGCGUUUACACUGCUGGGAGAAUUUCUUCUAUCCCACCACUCCGUAUUCCCUUAUCACUUAUAUUCAGACACCGUUGUUGGGAUCCUGCUCCCUCGGGAGCUUGCCUUGGCACCAGGUUCCUUCCCCCAUGCCCCAAGAAGGAGGCAAGAGGGGAGAUCCAAAACUUGGGGAACCACGUCCUGCCACAAAAUCACAGCCACAGGCAUUCAGUGUGUCUUGGCCUGUCCCCAAAAGCUUGGGGCUUGAGCAGCAGGACUUUUGCCAGCCCCUCUGGUUGGUUUGGGUGCAGGAAAGGGCUCUUUGUAACCCCGCGGGGCUGCCGCGUACCUGGCUGGGGCAUUUCGGUAGGGUGAUGCCCUGUCCCCUGCCUCCCCGCGCCUCACACAUAGCUGGGGAGCCCCACACCCCUCAAACGUGCCGCCAGAAAUACACCUUAAUGAGAGAGGGAUGUAAAACCACGAGGAGCCGGGGAGCGGCUGCGGCUGGGGAGGAACGCUGCCUCUUUCUAUUUUAGGGUGUGCUAUUUGCAAAAAGGCUUCCCCCUGUAAUUACCAGUCAAUUUAACGUGCCGUCUAAGCUGUCAUUUAUAGCCGUUGGGGACGGAGCGCUUGGCGAGCGAUGCCUGCAGCCCUACAAAGUCACUCCUUGAGCUGGUCACGCCUCAGACAACGCCGGAGCCCCCGGACAGCAGCAGCAGUCACUGUCGUCUCCUCUUCCUCGAUAGAAAAAUGUCUCUUUCCCACACGGCUGCCGAGUACAUGCUCUCCGAUGCUCUCCUCCCGGAUCCUGGUGGAUCCCGAGCCAAAGGCCUGCGGCUGGAGCUGCCGAGCGAUCGCCUGCUGAAGUUUGUCACCGUGGGGCUGCCCCUCUUCCUCGUCUCGCUGGCUUUUGCCCAGGAAUUCUCUGCUGGCUCACAGAUCAGCUGCUUCUCUCCCACCAACUUCACGGGGAAGCAGUCCGCCUUCGUUGACAUGGCUUGCUGGGACUCCCUCGUCCACCACGGCUUCGAUGCCGAGGGCCACGCCAUCACCAAGUCCCUCUGGGCUCUCAAGGUCUUCCCCUACUCGCUGCUGGUGGUGGCGGUGCUCAUGUACAUGCCUUACCUGCUGUGGCGUUACGUGGCCGCUCCCGCCCUCCACUCCGACCUCCUCUUCAUCAUCGACGAGCUGGACAAAUCCUACAACCGUUCUGUGCGCCUGGUGCAGCACAUGCGGAAGGUCCAGCAGGCCAGUGCUGAGCCGGAACAAUUCUGGGAGGAAUACGAGAGGGCCCGCCGGGAGAGGUAUUUUGAGUUCCCGUUGCUGGAGCGCUACCUCACCUGCAAGCAGCACGCCCACUCCCUGGUGUUCAUCUACAUCCUGAGGAACCUGCUGCUGCUCCUGUUCUUGGCUGCCACCUGCCUCUACCUGGUCUUCCUCCACCUCAACAUCUUCUUCCAGGAUGAGUUCAGCUGCUCCAUCAAAACAGGGCUGCUGCAGGCGGAGCCCCACAUACCCCCGCUCAUCCCCUGCAAGCUGGUCUUCUUCUCCGUCUUCCAGCUCAUCAGCCUCUCGGUCGGUGGUGUCUACGUCCUCCUCAUACCUGUAGUCAUCUACAACGCCCUGCAGCUCUGCCAGUGGGACAAGGGGCUGCUCUCCGUCUACGAGAUGCUGCCCGCCUUCGAUCUCCUCAGCCGCAAGAUGCUCACCUGCCCCAUCAACGACCUCAACAUCAUCCUCCUCUUCCUCCGGGCCAACAUCUCUGAGCUGACCUCCUUCGGCCGCCUCAACGCCGUGAGCGCCUUGAGGGAAGCCACUGCCAACAAGGAGGACAUCGAUACUGUCGUCGACUUCAUGACGCUGUUGGCUGGGCUGGAGACCACCAAGCCCAAACACCAUGCUUGCGCCCCCGAGGCCGACGGCAGCACGUCCCUCGCCAACGGCAGGGCUCCAGAAGCAAAGCCUGGAGCGGAAGCCAUGGGAAAAGCCUCCCGGGACUCACUGGGCUCUGCCUGACCCCAGGAGCAGGCAGCAGGCGGGGCGGCUGCUGCUGGUGCCUGC